CCCUUACCUCACUCAGGCUGAGCUCUGCCCCGCCCCAGAAGCAGCGGGCUUGGUCAGGUGUUCCGAGAACCAACAACGGGCGUAAACUUUUCCCUUGGAACAUUAAUCGUAUUUCAUUUUACAGUCAAACAUACAUCGAUAUCGAGCAUGCUUAGACGGAUACUUCAAAUGACUCCUGGGAAAGGAGGCUCCCAGAACUCUGAGUCAGACCAGCCCAGUGCAGACCUCAACAAUGACCAGACCUCCGAGGGAUUCAUCUGUCCCCAGUGCAUGAAGUCCCACAACUCCGCAGAGGAGCUGUUUAAGCACUAUGAACUGUACCACGAUUCAGGAGACCAGCCCCCCAGCAUGGGCCCUGGCCGGGAGGACUUUAUUCUUCUCCGGCAAGAGUUGCAAGAAAUGCAGACCUCGCUCAAGGAGGAGCGAUGGUUCUCUGGUGAGCUGAAGAAGGAGCUGGACAAAGUGCAAGGACACCUGAAGCAAGGUCAACAUAAUGACGGCCAGGGAGGCUCAGAGGAUUCUGCCCUGGCGGUUAAGCUGAACCAGGCGGAGACGGAGAAGUUCAACAUCAAGCAGAUGAAAGACCUGUUUGAGCAGAAGGCUGCCCAGCUGGCCACAGAGAUAGUAGACAUCAAGUCUCGUUAUGAUGAGGAAAAGAGCCUGAGGGAGGCUGCAGACCAGAGGCUGGCCAACCUGAUCCAGGAGCUGCAGAGAGAGAGGCAGGACAAGGACCGGCUACACACAGAACUGCUGCAGCGGCCGGGAGUUGAGGACAUGGAGGUACUGCAGAAGGAGCUGAUCCAGGUGCAGACAUUGAUGGACAACAUGACACGCGAGCGGGAGGAGGAGUCGGCACGCAUCAAGAGCCAAUACGAGCAGCUGCAGGCUGACCACACCACCUCAGAGAUGACCAUCUCUCAGCUGAAGGCAGAGCUAGAGAAGGGACCUCAGGAGGCAGCAGUGUACACCCAGCAGAUCCACCAACUACAGAGCUCUCUGAACAACCUGCAGCAACAGAGCCAGAUGCUUUCAGAAACACUUGGGCGCAGGGAGAAGGAGUUCCAGGAGCUGGAGGACUGCCUGGGUGCUGAGCAGGCCUCCAAGAAGACAGCCCAGGACAGUCUGCACCAGACUGAGAUGGAGGUGCAAGAGCUCCAGGCCCGGGUGGCAGGGGCUGAAGCCAGCCUGCAGAGAGCCCAAGCAGAUCUGGGGGAGGAGGCUGGCAGGCUCCGGAGGGAGGUGGCUGAGCUGGAGGCUAAGCAUGGGGAGGUGAAGGCGGAGAGGAAGCAGCUGCAGCAGCAGAGGGAGGAGAGGGAGAGCCAGGGCCUGGUGCAGCAGAGUGAGAUCAACCAGCUGCAUGCUAAGCUCCUGGAGGCGGAGCGUCAGCUGGGGGAGGUGCAGGGCCGUUUGAAGGAGCAGAGGCAGCUCUCUGGGGAGAAACUGAAGGACCGUGAGCAGCAAACCGCUGACCUGCAGAUCAAACUGUCCCGCUCAGAGGAACAGUUGAAGGAGAACAGCAGUAAGAUGUUGGAUGUGCAGCACCAGCUGGAGAAAGCUAAGCAGCAACACCAGGAGCUUCAGGGCCUGCAGCAGAACACCAACACCAAGCUCAGAGAGGCACAGAAUGACCUGGAGCAGGUGCUGCGUCAGAUCGGGGACAAGGACCAGAAGAUCCAGAACCUGGAGGCCCUGCUGCAGAAGACAAAGGACAGCGUGAGCCAGCUGGAGGCUGAGAGGGAGGACCUGGUGGCCAAGAUCCAGGCUGGGGAGGGAGAGACGGCCGUGCUCAACCAGCUGCAGGAGAAGAACCACACUCUACAGACGCAGGUCACACACUUGACAGACAAGCUGAAGAACCAAUCAGAGAGCCACAAGCAGGCUCAGGACAACCUCCACAAGCAGGUGCAGGAACAGAAGAGCCUCCUCCGUGCGGCCCAGGACCGAGCCCAGACUGUGGAGUCCUCUCUCGGGGAACUUAAUGCCCAGCUGACGGAGAGUAGGGAGAAGGUGGCCCAACUGGACACACAGUUGAAGUCUAAGACGGAGAUGCUGCUGUCGGCUGAGGCAGCCAAGGCAACCCAGAGAGUAGACCUGGAGAACCACCUGGAGACAGCCCAGCAUGCACUGCAGGACAAGCAGCAGGAGCUGAAUAAGAGCCAGGCAUGUGUAGAGGAGCAGGGCCGGAGGCUGCAAGAGAGACAUGAGCAGUGUGGCCAGCUGGAGGCCAGUUUGAAGGAGGUCAAAGACAAACUACUGACCUCAGAACAGUGCAUAGAGCAACUGGGGGGACGGGCCAAGAAAGCGGAGGCGGAGGGGGUGGAGCUGAGGGCGGCCCGGGAGCAGACUCAGCAGGAAGUGCAGAAUCUCCAGAAGCAGGGGUCAGAGGUCAAGGGAAAACUGAAGGAGCUGGGUCGCCUAUUAGAGACUGAGAAGGCCGGGGCUGCUGUGUUACAGGAGGAGCUGAAGAGAAAGACUGACUCCCUGAGCGACACGCGGCAGCAGCUGGAGCGCUGUGAGCAGGAGAAGACCUCCCUCCAGGACAGCCUGGACAAGCUAGCCCAGGAGGGGCAGGUGCGGCAGGCCGAGCUGGACAGAAAAGCACAGGGUUUGGCUGGAGACCUCCAGAAGGCCAUGCAGGAGAAGGAGGCCCAGGUGAAAGAGCUGGCAGCAGCCAACAACGGUCUGGCUAAAGCCUCCAAGGCCCUGAAGGAGAGCCAGAGCCAAUUGGACAAGGAGAGGAGGAGCAGCAAGAUAGUCUUGGAGGAGAAGGAGAAGUCCCAUGAGAUGGCCAGACAGGAGCUGCUGAAUGCCACAAAGGCCACCACCAAGGAGAUGGCAGAGGUCAAAGGGCAGCUGGAGAAUAUCAGAGAGGCAGAGAAAGGGUUGAAGAUGCAGCUGACUGUAUUAACAGAGCAGCACACCGAGACCCAGGAGGCCCUGAAAGAGAAGGAGAAAGGGGUGCAGCAACUGCAGACACAGCUGAAGACAGCCCAGGGGUCCUUCAACCAGGAAAAUAAGAAACUGGAGAGCCAAGUGAGCGAGCUGCAAGGAGCACAUGCCAGGAAGGCUGAGGAGGAGGGUCGUCUGAAGGAGCAGGUGUCAGGCCUGGGCCAGGAGCUGAGUUCUGAGAGGACCAGAACAACUGAGCUGCAGAAGGCCCUAGAGCAGAGUCAGGAGGGUCUGGCCAAGAUGCAGUCUGACUACUAUGGCAAGGAGUCAGAGGUGUCAUCUCUCAGACAGGACCUCGCGGCGUCUGAGGAGAGGCUGACCCUGUCCCAGGAGGAGUUGGCUGCUAACCGGACCCAGCUGACUGGUCUGGAGGGGCAGGUCCAGGAAGUGGAGGCUGCCCGGACCUCCCUGAAGCAGGAGCUUGCCAAACGGGACCAGAGGCUGGGCCAGCAGGAGACAGCCCUCAAAGAGCUGCAGAAAAAUCAGGGUGUGACCCAGGAGGAGCUGCAGAAGGAGAGGCGCAGAGUGAAGGAGUUGAACCAGACUAAGGCUGCCCUAGAGAAGGACACAACCAGACUGGGUUCUGAGCUGAAGGCACUCGGGGAGAGGAGUGAGAAGGAGUUGAAGGAGCUUGGGGAGGCCAAGCAGUUGUUGAUCCAGCAGAAGCUGGAGGUGCAGGGCCAUGUGGAGGAGGUGCAGGCAGCCCUGGAGCAGGAGAAAACCCUGCACCAGGUCACCAGGGACAGUGUUACCCAGAGAGAGGAGAAGUCUCGGGUGGAGGUCCAGGAGGUCCAGGCCCAGCUGGCGUCAGAACGUAAAGUCCGGGAGGAACAGGCGAAGCGGGGAGAGGAGGCAGAGGCGCGGCUGGGCCUGCAGGUGACUGCGCUCAACGAGAAUGUGGCCACGCUGAAGAGGGAGUGGCAGGGCAGCCAGCGGCGCUGUGGCGAACUGGAGAAGCAGACUGAUGAACUGCGGGGCGAGAUCGCUGUGCUCGAGGCCACCGUGCAGAACAACCAGGACGAGAGGCGUGCGCUUCUGGAGAGGUGUGUGAAGGGUGAGGGGGAGUUGGAGAAACUGCAGUCCAAAGUGGUGGAGAUGCGUAGAAAACUGGAUGAUACAACCGCUGCCAUGCAGGAGCUGGGCAGAGAAAACCAGUCACUACAGAUAAAGCAGUCACAGUCUCUUACCAGGAAGUGGGCGGAGGACCACGAGGUACAGAACUGCAUGGCCUGUGGGAAGGGCUUCUCUCUCGCCAUCAGGAAACACCACUGCAGACACUGUGGCAACAUCUUCUGUGCAGAGUGCUCUGCCAAGAACGCUCUCACACCCUCCUCCAAGAAGCCUGUGCGGGUGUGUGAGACGUGCUUCGAAGAUCUCCAGGGUUGACACCUCUCUCUCUCGGCCUCCUGGCCCCGCCAGUGACAGCAUAUCUCAUCGUUUCCUACGUGACCAUUCUUACAAACGGACUCAGAAAUCAACACCUGUCUCUCUGACUUCAUGGACCAUUGGAACCAAUCAGACCUACUGUGCUGAUUGGAUGGGAGUGCAGAAGAAGGGGCCACCGUCACUGAAUGGGCCAGGGCCAGUGGUCUUAGUAAGGGGGGUAGCUGGGGUCUCGGUGUCACACAAGAUGGGAAUAUGAUGGAAGAAGCACAGCAGACAAGCCAGAGCUAUGGGAUGGGAUGGGCCAAAUCUGUAUAGUGCCUUUGCCACUUAUGAGGCCGGCUGGUUGGUCAGAGAGUGGUAACGGAGAGAGCUCAACAGCACUAUCCAUCUUUACUCUACAUGUCUAGCUUGGAUGGCGGCCAUCUUGGUUUGGCAUCGUUAGCAUCUUUUAACGUUUAGGAAGACGAGGGGGUUGACUGUAAGUAUACGUUGGGUCUAGAAGGGUUGUGAAGGCAGGUGGAAGAAAGGGGUUAAAUACCGAACAGGUUAAGUUGUUUUAACAAAAGGAUAUAGAGUUACGUUAAAGGGUUGAAAGCAGUGGUUCUGUUUGUUUUAGGAUAAGUAUUUUGUUAAUGACCAAAGAAUGUCCAUCUGGAGUAGUCCAAAUGUCCUGAGAUGGUAGGAUAUUAGGCAAAAUGGAAAGCUUGGAUUUUUCUUUACCUUAAUUUAAUCUCAAUUACUUUUUAAAUCUAGCUGAAAGCUUUGAGUUUUUUACUUUUAAAGUCCUACAUUUUUAUCAUAAAUUCAGACAUGCUUGAACAUGGCUGGCAUUUAUAAUGUACAUCAGAUUUUUUUUUUCAAUGCUGCUCAUGUUUUCUACUAAACGUAAUGAAGACUGUUUUGCACCGUCGUUGAUCUCUUGUAAACAACCUGCUUGUGGUGGUGAUUUGUCAUUGAUUGCAAACGUGAUGUGAUCCACGUGGUUGUGGUGGUUUCUGUCGUCUGUAUCCCAUUCAACAUCAUGACUACUUACUGCAGGAGCUGUGUAUGCUCUGCUUUGAAGCAAUAACUGUCUGCGUGGAUCUUUGUGUGUGUGUGUGCGUGUGUGUGGUGUUUUAGGAAUGAUGUGUGUGUGUAGGGUGGCAGUGUUGUCUGUCUAUAUAGCACCUCUACAGUGGUUUAAACUUUGGUCUGUGGACCACCAGGGUACUGUGUUAUUUCAUUUUUAUUCUAUAUUUCUUUCUAUAAUAAUAGUUGGGAGUAUUAAAGGGGGACUGAACCUCCUGAUUUAGCCUCGGUUUCAGUUCUCCUCAUAAGGAAAUGCAACUGUGAAUAAGAUUUGUGUCUUGGAGGCAUGCUUUUGUGUGUGUUUGUGUGUGUGUGUGUGUGUGUGUGUGUGUGUGUGUGUGUGUGUGUGUGUGUGUGUGUGUGUGUGUGUGUGUGUGUGUGUGUGUGUGUGUGUGUCCGAACGUGGGAAGCCUUUGUACUUUCACUAUGCCUAAACCGUACACACUUAUAGUCACUCACCCUUCUAGAUGACUUGAAACAGUCAAACCAGGUCUUAUGGCCUAGACGAGCUAGCAAGCUAGCCAACGUCUUUGCCAAUUAGCUUCAGCCGGCCGGUGUGCAACCAUGAAAAGUUGGUUUGACUUUGGAUGGACCGUCAAUAAAUUACACAAUGUAAAUGGGACAAUAUUUUCAUGUUGCACAUCUUUUAGUUGUCUCAUUAAAAGCUUUCAAUAUUUUUGUAUAUGAAUUUCUAGGAUUUUAAAUUGGUUUUAGGUUCAUUGAAAUGUAGAAAUAUUUACUUUUUAUUUAAUUUUUUACAUUGUUCCGUAUACAUUGUGCAAUUUACUGAUUCGCGGAUGGUGGGCCUCGAGCUUUUGGCGGUUAUUUAGUGGGAACCGCUGCUCUAUAGUAUGCAUGGUGGCUGUUAAAACCUUCGCUCUACAACACUUGGACGUGUCAAUGUUGAUUUACGCUAACUGCAAACUCUUUACCACCAGUCAAAUAGAACUGAUAACACUGUAAAAAAUGUCAUCCUCAUUCAAGUAUUCUUAUUUUCUUUCUGACAAGCUCUUAAUGCUGAUUGAACUGCUCCUGCAUUGUCUGGUCAAUCCGCAAUAUAUGAUUGUAUUAACA